GCCCGGGCCCACCCCGCAGCGACCGCCCUCCCUCCCCACGAGUCCGCGCAGAUCCGCGAUUGGUCGACGUCCCACUCCUCCCUCCCCUUCCCUUCCUCCUCCUCGAGCCCUCCCCCCGCGUCGACAAUUCCCCGUCCCCCAAAUCCCAAAUCCCCAAUCCCCCGCGCCGCCGCCCCGCUCGCCGUCGUACGGAUUCCGCCCCCGCGGCCCCGGCCGGCCCCCAAUCGCCGUUUGCCGUGGAGGCGGGGUCCCCUCGCGGCGUCGCUAGCCCUCCCCGCGAUUCUAGGGUUUCGGGCGGGGUUGCCCCAAUUCGCCGGCCCGGCCCCGUGCCUCGUUCCCGCGGGUGCUUCCGUCCGCCCCGCGCGGGUCCUGAUCGCUCGCGGUCGCGCCUGCUCCUCGCUGCCGCUCUGUCCACUGCUGCUGUCUGGUAUACAGUGCGCUCCGUAUGCUGAAAAAUUGGGCUGGGUUUUGUGCCUGAUUCAGAGAGGGCUAGGUGGUUAAAUUCUCGCUGACCGACCCUCCAGCAGGAAGAAAUAUUGCAGCUUUUGAAGGGUUUCCGCAGGCCGCGUGUGCCCGCCUCGGGAGGGGCUGCCGCUUCUUUCAGCUUGCUCGGCGCCACGCCACACAGCGCUGGAAUGACGUCGCCCGCGCUUGUCUGAGGCGCGGUUGCCAGCGACAAUGAAUGUGGGGCAGGCGGCGCACCUGUCCGGGCAGAUGUCCGGGCAGGGGGCGCAGAUGAAUCAGGUUGUUGGCGGUGGCAGCGGUGUCGUCGGCGCUGACGGCAUGCCCCUGCCCCAGCACCAGCACCAGCAGAUGCAGGAUGGCGUGGGCCUUGUUGCCCCGGGGGUCGAUCAACAGUUUGCGCUCAUGCGCUCCAAUAUGCGUGACAAGAUAUAUGAGUAUAUAGGAAGGAAGCAGACAUCUGCUGACUGGAGGCGGAGGCUGCCGGAACUCGCAAAGCGGCUAGAGGAAAUCUUGUUUAGAAAAUUCCCAAGCAGGAAUGAGUACUACAAUAUGAUGAGGCAACCAGUGGAGCCACAAUUGCAGUUUGCUAUCAAGACCUUGAGUGCUCAGAACCAACUAAAUCAACAAAACCAACAAAUGUCAAGGCAGAUGGCAUCUUCCUCUGGUUAUAGCACAAUGAUUCCAACACCUGGUAUCACACAAGGUGCAAGUGGAAAUUCUAGAAUGUCUUAUGGAACAGACAAUAUGGGUCUUUCCUCAUCUGGUGCAGGCAUGGUUCCUCAGAAUGCCAACAUGGGUACCUCGAUGCCUGGUACAAUGUCUAACGGCUACCAGCAUCUAACUACCAGUGCCCCACUAAAUUCGACCACAAAUAGUGUCCCAUCUACGAUGGGUCCAGUGGGUAUUCAGCGACAAGUAACUCAUAUGAUCCCAACUCCUGGAUUCAGUAAUCAACAAAAUGUACCUACUAAUUCUGACUAUUCAAAUGGAACUGGAUAUUUCAAUGGUGAGUCAGCUAUGACACCACAUAUGCAGCAGCAGAAGCAAUUUCAAAGCAACCAGAGUAGCCAUCAAAUACAGCAUAUUGGGGGACACAGUAAUUCUGGAAUACAUUCAAGCAUGCUGGAGAAUUCUUCUGCAUUUGGUUUAUCAGAUGGACAUGUGAAUGGUGGAAUGGGAUUGCAUGGGUCAAACACGCAAAUUACAAAUAGAAAUGCAGCACCAGAAGGAUAUAUGAACAUGUCCUCUUUUGGAAGUUCGCCCAGACCUUUGCAGCAACAGUUCAAUCAGCAUCCAACACAGAGAAUAUCAACAUCAGUUGACAUGGGUGGUUCAGGAAGUUUCUACGGUACUGGUUCUUCUGCUUUAGCAACAGCAAAUAAUCAGAACAUGGGUGCUGCAAACUUGCAGUCUAGAUCAAGAAUGAAUUCCAUGCUGCUUAGCAAUCAGCUAAACAUGCAAUCCAUUCAAGGGCAGCCACAGAUAAAAACUGAGGUUUUGGAUCAGUCAGAAAAACUCAAUUUCCAGCCAUCUCAGUUGUCUCAUGAACAACUACUCCGACAGCAGCUUUCAAUGCAGCAACAUCAGGUGCAGCCAAGUUCCCAGUUUGUGCAAAACCAAUAUCAUCUCAAUCAACAGAUACCAAAUUCACAGCAUCAGCAGGCUAUGCUGAGGAGCAAUUCCUUUAAACAGUCUCAACUGAAUUCCAGCCAUUCUAUGCAAGUGUCAGAACAGGGAACUUUGCCACACACCGAACUAACAUCUUCACAAGCUACUGAACCUCCUGCACUUCCAAAUUUCCAGGGUCAAUACCAGCAAAGAAGUGCUCACGAUAACGUCAAAGGUGCGCAGGUCUUUGGACAUCUUUCUGGAUCCCAAAAUUUCAGUGCUUCUGGUUCUCACGAUUCUCAGCCAUUGUUGCACCCUAAUCAGCAGCUUGAUGUUAGCUCGAGUGAUGUCAGUUAUGUUUUGAAAGGAACACAGACAGAGCAAAUGCAGCAGCACCAAUGGCGGCCUCAAACAAUGGAAAAGGUUCCUAUCAGUAGCAAUUUAUCUCUUGAAAAGCAAAUGCAGGAUGACUUUUGUCAGAGAGCAAUGGCCCAGGACGGAGCACAGCAGCCAUUUUCAUCUGACUGGCGUGUUUCUGGUUGCACUGUGACCUCAGUUGACCCUGCACUGCCAAAGCUCCCCGCUGGAGGAUUGGAACAGCCCACUGGAAAUAUCAAUUACCUCCGUCAGAUGAGGUGGUUACUGUUGCUGUUUCAUGCAAAAGGAUGUUCUUCUCCUCUUGGUAGUUGUAAAUUACCUCGUUGUGUUCAGCUGCAGGAUUUUGUGAAGCAUUUGGACAACUGCCAAAGAAAAGAUUGUCCACAGAAGAAGUGCAGUAAGUCAAGAAUGUUAAUUGAGCAUUAUAAGACUUGUGUUGAUGAGCAGUGUCCUGUAUGUAGUAAUGUAAAGAAAUUUUUGCGCCUCUCAGCUGAACAUGCAAGUAAGCAAAAAGUCCCUGAGCCUAGAAAAGUUGCUCAACAGAAUAUGACUCAAAGAAUCAUGAAUGGGGUAGACAGUGAUAUAAUGGACAUUGACCCAGUGUCUGUUGAAUCCUUUGAUGGUCAGCCAUCUGUUCCAAAACGUUUGAAGAUGCAGCCCGCGUCACCCAAUGUUCCAGAGCAUGAAAUACUUAGAGCCUCCAAUCCUCAGGUGAACCCAGGGUUUGUACUACAGGAAUCACAUCCCGAGCUGCUUGAGCAGAAUAAAAAGACGGCAUACAUGAAAAGAGAGUUGGAUGUAAAGGCUGACAUGCGACCUCUGCAGAAGCCCGUAAAGAUGGGUUAUGGUGCUGAUGGAAAUGUGCCUACAGCGAGGCACAAUGUCAUUCCUGGUGUUUCAAAUGAGAUGAAGUCUCAUGUCAAGCAAGAAAUCUUGCCGGUUGACAAAGGGGCAAGUGAAAAUGUUCAUGAGGUUAAGAAUGAAACAAAUGAUUCAACAGAGGCCACAGCACUGAAAUCAGGAAAACCAAAAAUAAAAGGUGUUUCAUUGACCGAGUUGUUCACUCCAGAACAAAUCAAUGCACAUAUAGAGAGUCUAAGGCUGUGGGUGGGCCAGAGCAAGGCUAAAGCUGAAAAGAAUCAACUGCUGGUGUCUUCCGAAAAUGAAAAUUCAUGCCAGCUCUGCAAAGUGGAAAAACUCACUUUUGAACCUCCACCCAUAUAUUGCUCCCCUUGUGGUGCUCGGAUAAAGCGAAAUGCACCAUACUAUACUGUUGGUUCUGGUGACACCCGCCACUUUUUCUGUAUUCCAUGUUACAAUGAGUCCCGUGGUGACACCAUUGAGGUUGAAGGACAGAAUUUUUUGAAGGCCCGAUUUGAGAAGAAAAGAAAUGAUGAGGAAACUGAAGAAUGGUGGGUUCAGUGUGACAAAUGUGAAUGCUGGCAGCAUCAGAUAUGUGCUCUGUUUAAUGGCAGAAGAAAUGAUGGAGGACAAGCAGAGUAUACUUGCCCGAAUUGCUAUAGUAAUGAAGUGAAGUGUGGGCUGCGCAUGCCUCUACCACAGAGUGCUGUUCUUGGAGCAAGUGAUCUGCCAAGAACUGUUCUUAGCGAUCAUAUAGAAGAGCGGCUUUUUAAACGGCUUAAGUGGGAGAGACAGAGUCGGGCGAAUAAUUCAAAUUGUAGUGUUGAUGAGGUCGCCGGAGCAGAAGGUCUUGUGGUCAGAGUUGUUUCAUCGGUGGAUAAGAAGGUUGAAGUUAAACCACGCUUUUUGGAAAUUUUUCAAGAAGAUAAUUACCCGACAGAGUUCCCUUACAAGUCCAAGGCUGUUCUUUUGUUCCAGAAAAUAGAAGGCGUAGAAGUGUGCUUAUUUGGAAUGUAUGUUCAAGAAUUUGGUGCUGACUGCGCUUACCCGAACCAACGUCGAGUUUAUUUGUCAUACCUGGAUUCUGUGAAAUACUUCAGACCUGAGAUUAAAGCAGCCACUGGAGAGGCCUUGCGUACAUUCGUCUACCAUGAAAUUCUGAUAGGAUAUCUUGAAUACUGCAAGCAGCGUGGAUUCACAAGCUGUUAUAUAUGGGCUUGCCCACCUUUGAAAGGUGAAGAUUACAUUUUAUAUUGCCAUCCUGAGAUUCAGAAGACUCCAAAAUCUGACAAACUGCGGGAGUGGUACUUAGCCAUGCUUCGAAAAGCUACUAAGGAGGAGAUUGUUGUUGAGCUUACAAAUCUGUAUGACCAUUUCUUCAUUACCAUGGGAGAGUGCAAGGCUAAAGUUACCGCUUCUCGUUUGCCUUACUUUGAUGGAGAUUAUUGGCCUGGAGCUGCGGAAGAUAUGAUUAAUCAACUGCGUCAAGAAGAAGAUGACCGAAAGCUUCAGAAGAAGAGUAAGACAAAGAAAAUUAUUACAAAAAGAGCUCUUAAAGCUGCUGGCCACACUGAUCUCAGUGGAAAUGCUUCCAAGGACGCUAUGCUGAUGCAGAAGCUUGGGGAAACCAUUUAUCCAAUGAAGGAAGAUUUUAUUAUGGUUCAUUUGCAGUAUUCUUGUAGUCACUGUUGUAUCCUUAUGUCGUCUGGAAAACGCUGGGUCUGCCAUCAAUGCAGAAGUUUUUACAUCUGUGACAAGUGUUACAGUGCAGAACAACAGCUUGACGAUAGGGAGAGGCAUCCGAGUAAUAGUAGAGACACACAUAAGCUCCAUCCAGUUGACAUUGUUGGGGUGCCUGAAGAGACAAAGGAUAGAGACGAUAUUCUGGAAAGUGAGUUUUUUGACACCAGGCAGGCAUUUCUCAGUCUUUGUCAAGGGAACCAUUACCAAUAUGACACCCUUCGCCGUGCUAAGCAUUCGUCAAUGAUGGUGUUGUAUCACCUACAUAAUCCCACUGCACCAGCGUUUGUCACUACAUGCAAUGUCUGUAGCCAUGAUAUUGAAACUGGUCAAGGCUGGCGGUGUGAAAUUUGUCCAGAUUUUGACGUGUGCAAUGGUUGUUACCAAAAAGGAGCAGUCAAUCAUCCUCACAAGUUGACAAACCAUCCAUCAGUUGCAGACCGUGAUGCCCAAAACAAGGAAGCCCGGCAAAUGCGUGUUCAACAGCUAAGGAAAAUGCUCGAUCUUCUGGUACAUGCCUCGACAUGCCGCUCUGGCAGCUGCCAAUAUCCUAACUGCCGUAAAGUCAAGGGACUAUUUCGGCAUGGGAUGCAGUGCAAGACGCGUGCUUCCGGAGGGUGUGCCCUGUGCAAGAAAAUGUGGUACAUGCUUCAGCUCCAUGCCCGAGCUUGCAGAGAUUCAGGAUGCAGUGUACCGCGGUGCAGGGAUCUCAAAGAGCAUCUUAGAAGGCUGCAACAGCAGUCCGAUUCCCGGAGGAGGGCUGCUGUUAAUGAGAUGAUGAGACAGAGAGCAGCAGAGGUUGCUACAACAUGAUUAGUUGCAUCUGUACAGGUAUACCGUCGUCGAAAGAAGAUUAGGAAAGUGUGCAGGGUCUCAGUCCUCUCAUCCCCCACACCAAGUCGAAACUUGGGAUCGUUGAAUUGGAGGAUCCAGGUCGACUGAUUGUCCUGGAAGAUGGAAGAAGACGCUGGCCAUUCUUCGCCGACGAUUAACAUAGGGGCUCGGAAGCCUGCCAUUCUCCAAAGGAAGGGUGAAGGGCGCAGCGCACCACAGUAGGUGGUAACUGUUUGCGCCCUGCUGACUGCCGCUGAUGUCGUCGAUAGGAACCGGCCCGGCCCCUUGGGUGUGGUGAUUCUUUCGUUUGACCUGUACUAGUUGGACUAAUCUUGUUUUUGCUGCUUGCCUGCUCCGUCGUCGACCUUCAUGUAUAAUAGGUCUCUGGAUCCUCUAUUGUUGAAAAACAAUGGUUGUAGCUGCUGCUGUUUUGUUCCCCCCUCCGUUCUGGUUUCUUGUCGCCUCGGUCAGGAGGGGUAUAGUAGGGAGAAAGAAGGUAGAGGGAUGGGCACUGGACAUGGUUCUGUUUAUUUAUGUCCCCCUCCCAUUUUGUAGGACAAGUCUUUAUUUUGAAAGUAUAAAGGAAAGUAAAUCCUGCGUC